CAGAAGAAAAUAUCCUUGAAACAAACUCCUCUCUAUCCUUCCGUUCCGAAAACCCUCGUAUUACUCUCAGAAAUGGCGUCGGCGAGUGCUUUUACAGCUCAGGUUUCCAACUUUAAUGGCGGGGCAUCAUGUGAUCGAAAGAUGUUCGUUACGUUAUCAUCAUCAUCUUCCUCCUCUUCCCAAAAAUUAAGUCUAAAACCAAAUUCAGUUGGUAUGAAGACCCUAUCUCAGUCUGGUCAUCGGAAGCUUGUUGAUAACCGCCGAUCUCUUCGGGUAUUCGCCCUAUUUGGAGGAAAGAAAGAUAAUGACAAGGAUGAUGGAAAGGCAGGGGUUUUUGGAAACAUGCAAAAUCUGUACGAGACGGUAAAGAAGGCACAAAUGGUUGUCCAGGUUGAGGCAGUGCGUGUGCAAAAAGAACUUGCGGUAGCCGAGUUUGAUGGUUAUUGUGAAGGGGAGCUAGUAAAGGUCACGCUGUCUGGGAAUCAGCAACCUGUAAGAACAGAGAUUACUGAAGCUGCAAUGGAGUUGGGGCCGGAAAAACUCUCACUUCUGAUUACUGAAGCUUAUAGAGAUGCCCAUCAAAAAAGUGUUCAGGCCAUGAAAGCACGGAUGGGUGAUCUCGCACAGAGCUUAGGAAUGCCACAAGGCCUGGGUGACCAGUUCAAGCAAUGAUCCAUGCCUCUUUCACACUCAUCCUCCAAAAGAAGCAGUUUUGUAGACCGACUGUUCUAAAAGGUUUCUUAUCAGGUUUCAAGAUAAAACAAGUUCACAGGGACCAACCAUGAAUGUUUAGAAUUGGGAAGGAAUGAAAACUGCCUUUCUCCCCACUGUUUCUCUCUUGAGCUGUUGUUUGUUGUUAAUUUAUGUUGCAAAAAAUGAUUAUUUAAUUCUAUAAAUCAUCAAUUUCUUUUAAA